AUAGAGAUUUUUUUGCAGUGACUCUGACGCCGGAGGUGGACAGUCAGGUGUCCAGCACCAUGGACAGUGGCGGGCUGGCGGGCAGUUCACGGUCCACCAUAACCCCAGGAGAAGAAGCUCCCAAGCCUCCUCCUCUUACGGUGAUUCCCCCCACUACCAUCGUGUGCCUGCCCUCUGCCACUCACACACCCGCUCCUCCCACCACUCAGCCACCGCAGGGGGUUGUCAGUUCUAGUGCUGUGCCCUACCUCGCACUCACCACCAGUACACCGGUCCGAGCGCUCCCCACCAAGCCCAAGCUUACUUCUGGCGGGCCGACAGGGCGGUCGUCUCGCAAUGUGUCCACCAAGCCCCCGCCCGGUGCUGUCAACCUGGAGCGAAGCUACCAGAUCUGCCAAGCCGUCAUACAGAAUAGCCCCAACCGUGACCAGCUGAGGUGCCAGCUCAAGCCUCCACCGUCGCUGCUGAUCGGCAAGUCAGACAAGACGCAGUACAGUGUGGUGACAUCGUCCAGGGCCACGAAGUUGGGUAGCAAGCCUCGUAGCUACCAACAACGACCGACAGCCCCCGUGCUGGUCAAGCAUGUGUUCACCUCAUCCCAGGGCAUUCCAGUCACCAUGGCGGUGCUGCCCCACGCUCAGCCCCACAGCAAUCCCGAGGUGGCAGAAAGCCAGAUGGGGCACUACGUGUUAGUCCAGAGGACAGGCGCUCAGGUGCGGAGGUCCAACAGUGCCCCGCCUUCCAACAACGAGAAUCUGGGUGGUGUGGGAGGGCGGGGGCGGCCUGCGAGCGUGGGGGAGGGUGGAGUGGUGGCCCCCGGAUCCCAGCGGGGUGGUGGGGGUGACUCACCCACCCCCGGCUGCUACCCCAACAAACACAGCCUCCGCUCUGCCGACUGUCACUGCAGCCUCAAGGCGAUGAUCGCCUGCAAGAAAUGCGGCGCGUUCUGUCACGAUGACUGCAUCGACCCGUCGCGCCUCUGCGUCACCUGCCUCAUACGAUGAGUAGUGUCCCUGUAAUUAUCGUUUAAGUUUGAACGUUGCGUAGUGUUUAGUGAGGGCGAAACAAGAAAAAUUUGUUGAACUUUUCUGUUGUAGUUUUUAAAAAAUCAGUUUUUUUUAAAUAGUACUUUAAUCAAUCAAAAGCUGUGUAUCCUAGUUCCUUUCCAAAAUCUCAUGUGUGUUGUUUCUUAUUCGUUUGAUCAGUUCUUCUAACAGAAAACAAUAUUUUUGUUUAUUUUUUUCCCAUCAAAGUACAAUGAUAACUAAUAAAUAAUGUUUCAACAGGAUAGCAAACGGAUAUAUAAUACCCAAAGUUGUUCCUUACGUGGCACCAGUGAUUGUGUAAGAUAUUUAUGGUUAAGGGUACUGUAACAGUACUGUAGUUUAUUGUUUACUUGUAAUUGUUUUAAUUCUUGUGUACAGUGUAUUUCACAAAUACCACAUUCUGCAUUAAUACUCAUAAUUUAUUUCAGUUUUGAUUAAUAACAAAUUUCCAUACAGAUUUUUCUCUUAAAUGUUAACGAGUUUGAAAAAGGUUAGCAUCAUAUCAUUUCCAUCCUCGACUUCUACUACAUGAACAAUAAAUAUCGUAAUAAUUUAGUGAUUAGUGUAUGUCAUAUAUUUUCAUUGAUUAAUUUAUGUGUUUAAACAAUGUUGGAGUUUUUUAUAGCUGUUUUUAUUUUAAAUCCACAAUCAUAUUUGAGAUUUUCCUACUGGAAUUUGACAAUUUCUUGCCAUUUUAUUUAGCAUUAGCUCUCCAAUCGAUGGGAGAAUUUGCAUGUGAUGAUGCAUGGAGCAUGAAGUCUACACAGAAUGUGAACGUGUCACCAGCAAUUAACUCAUGCCAUUUUCAUUUAUGUAUGACAUAUUUUCUCAUACAACACAUUUGAAAGUAUACCCUCAUGGAAGUACAUCUUAUGUUUAAAUUCUCGUAAAUUAACUAACUUUUACCUGUGGUUUCUAUAAUAUUCUUGCACCAAUGCAUUAACGUUACGGUGCGAGAAUUACUUACUAAGAGACAAUUAAAAUUUGUAUUACAGUUAAUUUUUACAUUUAUAUUUUUAAUUUUUUUUUAAAUAGUAGAAAUAAUAAUAAAAAUGUUUUUAUCACAAAAAAACUUCAAGGCUAAAAAGUCUCACUUCCACAUAUUAUAUAACAAAAUUUCAGUUUUAAGGUCGGUUAAAAUUACAGGAGCGAUUCAAAAUUGUUGAUGAAAAUUAGGUAUUUAACAAGUAAUUAAAAUAUUGUUUCUUCCAAUUAUGACAGUUUGUAAUUGUAAAAUAGGAAGAAAAGUACACAUAAACUCAAAAGAAGGAUUUUUUUGAAUUGAUUAUAUCUAGUUUUAGAUUGAUUUCUUCUCAUACAUUUGUGCUAUUAGUCUCUGUAGUUUACUAGAUGUAACCAUUUCUGUUUAUGGCAUGUUUCUGAUUUAGAAAACUUAGAAAUCUGUUUAAAUGAUCAAUCCAAAUGAUCUUUUGGGUUAGUUUCAUCAAGCAAAAUCUCAGUCCUUUAAUCACUUUCUUCAAUUAUUUUAGACGUAUAAGAUUAUUUUAAUAACAUUACCCUUUCAAUCCUGAAGUACUUUUUAUGGACAUCAAUAAAAAUUGCAAGAAAAGCGUUCUUUUGUUUCGCGACGUUUUCAAAAAAAUAAAAAUUCUGAUUGUAAAGCUGUGAAAUGUUAUUUAAAUUAAGACUUGAUUCGGUCAGGUGGUCAGUUAACUUAGUACUUCUAUUGUUUCUGUCUUAACUAUUGGGUUUUCUGUAAUUAAUUAUUGUUAUAAUAAUUUUAAAACCUUUGAUUUUAGCCUUUAAUGAAUUUUACUGUGUAAAGUGUAGAGAAUAAACUAAUAGAUAUAUUCGAACUAAUCCCGUUUUGUAAAUGGAAAUGUUUAUUUUCGGAGGUUGCUCUAAUUUUUGUGUGUGCAUGCACAAACAUAAGUAGGUGUGUGAAUAAACGUGCUGUGAAUAAACAAUUUUUAUUAUGAAAUAUUUAAACCAAAAUUAAUAAAACCUAUUAGAGAAUAUAAUGAUAUAAUAUUUUUAGUUUUACGAGAGCGGUUUGAUAAGUCUCUGACUUUUUGAAUUUCCUGCACAAUUUUUUUUUCCCCUUGGUU